CCAAACGUGACGUUCCAUCCAGCGACCGCUUGAACGAUCCAUUCACUUUUAAUACCUUCUGGCCGCAGCAGGACAACCUCCACCAUCAAAUUAUCCCACUUUCUGAAACCCUAAAAACUCCGGGUCCCCUCUCUGCAGCUCCCACGGCCCCGCGUCGAGUAGAACAAGGUAAUCACCGACUUCUCCCAGUCGGCAAGAAGGCAAAUAAUCAUAAUUAGCCGUUUUGUUUCUUUGCAUCUUGACUUUCAACUUGUCAAGCCCAAUAUACAGCAACACCAAGCAACAUCUCCAGGUCCCACAUAGCGCGCACUAUGCCUAAGGCUCCGAGUCUGAGGUCACAAUCCUUUGGCGGUGGUGACUCCCAGAAACCUCUUAUUCCACCCUCGCUUUCAAUCACCUGCGCACCGUGUCGAGGCAAGAAGAUCAAGUGCGAUUCAACUAAGCCCACGUGCUUGAAUUGUGCGAAAAGCCCCGAUAGCUGCUAUUAUCCUCCCAAACAAAAACCUGGAUUGCGGCCGGGUACGGGUAUGGAGAUGAUCAAACGUGUUGAAUAUUUAGAGGACCGAAUGGAGGGUUAUGAGUCUCGACUAGCCGAGUACGAAGCCCGUCUUUCCCAAAUACCCAUUAACGGGCCAUCGUUCGCCUUCGACCAGAACCAUACCCCUCUCUCCGAUCCUUUACUCCAGUCCAAUCCGCAAGGAAUGUAUCCCCCCCCGCCCCCAAGCCAUCUCGGACAUAUGUCUUCAAAUUCCCUCUCAGGCGGUAUCGGUAUCUCCACCCAACAACUUUCCACUUCUGUACCGAGCGUCAUAUCGAACCCCAAUCCAUUCCCUACCGACCCUUCUCCUUCUACAACCGGCGGGCAGUUCGACCGCCCUUCAUUCAACGUUUCCACAUCCCCAAACGUCAACAUGUCCUCUCCAGCGUCUUUCAUGGACCCCCAUGUCCUGCCUUCAGACGAUAUAGUCCGCGAUCUCAUCGGUCUCUUCUUCACCCACAUCCACCCUUGGGCGCCUAUAUUAUCCCCUUCCCCACCCGACUUCCACCCGCCCUGGAAUAUAGUGCAUCAUGCCAUUGUCGUUGUCUCUUUGAGGCUUUCAAGGGACCCAAGAAUAGCCACGAGUAAACAGUUAAUCAAGCAAAAGGCGAAACAGCACGUUCUUGCGCAUGCUAUCGAAUCAACAUCCAUCUCAUCCCUCCAAGCCCUCGCCCUUCUAGCUCUAGAUCUAAUAGGUUCCGAUCAAGGCCCAAGCAGCUGGGGGAUUCUCGCCCUUCUAACUCGGUCGGCGGUACAUCUAGGAUUAUCGACAGAGGAGGACCCGAACCCUUGGCUAGGACGGACGCCGAUGCCGAGCUUGAGUCGGACAAGUAUCAUCCCUCCCCCGUCGACAUGGCAUGAGGAUGAGUCUAGAAGAAGGUUGUUUUGGUUAAUUUUUGCCCUGGAUAGAUACGUCUGUGUUUCGACAGGGUGGGAUUUUGCGCUGCCGGAUUUUGAUAUCAAGAGGAGAUUACCGUGCUCAGACUCUAUCUGGGCACAGUCAGAAUGGUAUCAGACACCCCUAUUCCGCUCCGUACUUCACCAAGAACCGAUAGAUCUGAAACUCGAAGAUGUCAGCCCCAUGGCCUAUCUCGUCGAAGCGCUCGACUUGUUAGGAAGGGCACAUACUCUCCAAGGGGAGAAGAUCGCUCUCGGUGAUGCCAGAGGGUUGGAGAGCAGGAAGGAUAUGACCUUGACUCUUACGACAACUGCUACGAGAUGGUUCUCCAUGAGACCCAUUAAUAGGAUACAUCAACCUGGGAUGAGAUUCAUGAUCCAUGCGAUCUAUUAUUCGACGUUACUCAAAUUAAACGCUUCAUACGCGUACCCCGCUCUAUCCAACGGCGAACCACAAGAACCUUAUGUCUCAACAUGCCUCUCUUCCGCUCGCUCCAUGGCUAAGCUCGCAAACACUGCUCGAUCAAUAGGCUGGGUGACAGCGUCGACACCGCUGUUCAUAUGGGGAUGUUGGGUUGCUGCGAGGGUACUGUUUGUUCACGCAUUUUUGAACCAUCAUACUCAACCGGAUGAGGAUUUUGAAGAGAUCAUAGCAUCAUUGAAAGAGCAAUCCCAGUAUUGGGACCUUGCCACACAAUAUGUCAAACUCCUCGAACGAGCCAAACGCAAAUGGCUCAAUACCCUCUCCACCAAUUCAUCCUCUUCCCUUCCGGACGCUAUACAUGUCCUUCUUGACUUGCGUCGCACGGCCUACUCGGCGGUUAACACCAACGCGCAAGAAACACCGCAUGUUUCCCCUCCAGAACCAGAUUUGAGCCAGGUACCUGCUUGGGCGGUGCAGCCUGGUUUGGAGGACUUGUAUAGCUGGUUUGAUUUACCAGCGGGUUUGUUCCAGGGCGAGGCGACGAUAUGAUGUGUAUGUUGGUUGCAGAUGUAGUGUAUUUCUAUUUCUUCAAUCUUGUUGGAUCUUGUUGGUUAAUUUUUGAAGGGCUUUGGGUAACGCAGUUAUGAAUGGUUGAGAACAAUCAUGGUUGUAGCUGAGGCAAACUACGAUAUGUACUUGACAUGAGGGGUGAAUGACUCGUCUGUUUACCACAGCAUUUAUUUCCAAAUGAUUGCGAUCAAGUGUUAGAAGGAAAAGGAAAGGCGUAACAGGAAAGGGAAAGACGUAAGUAUUUUUAGAAAGGGAUACAGCUUGGCCCGUGGAAUAGGUUGCUACACCAAUAGUACUGGCCCACAAAAGUACAUACAAGCAGCAUCAUCGAUACAUCCAUUGUCAUGUAAGAAAAUGACAUGCACAGUGCGUAGUGCCGUCGCAUUAAUAAGCGGUCAGAAGACUUGCUAGUAGAAAGAGUAAAAUCACGAGAAACAAAUUCGCA